AAGAGGCUGGUCUGUCGGUUCCAGACUUGGAGGAAUGCUGCAGAGCAGAAGCCUUCGGGAGCGGAAGCGUAGUCUUGGCUCUACUUUCCCUCAACGAUGUCUGUGUUCACGGAUGUGCCCCUAGCCCAGAAGCUAGAAGGCAGCUUGCUGAAGACCUACAAACAAGAUGACCACCCUAACAAGAUGUUCCUGGCCUAUAAAGUCUGCAUGACCAGCCAAGGCCAACCCUGGGUGUCCUCUGUCGUGCUCAAGACCCGAAUGCAGAUCGCCCAGGAUCCCUCCCUGACCUAUGAGUACACGCCAGUGAUGGGCAUGAAAUCAUUCAUCCAGGCCUCCUUGAACCUCCUCUUUGGAAAGGACAGCCAAGUCAUUAUGGAGAACAGGGCAGGGGGUGUGCACACUGUAGGUGACAGCGGUGCUUUCCAACUGGGGGCCCAGUUCCUCAAAACUUGGCGUCGGGAUUCUCAAAUAGUUUACAUCAUUUCUUCUCAAAAAGAACCGCAUGGACUCGUCUUCCAGGACAUGGGCUUUACAGUUUAUGAACACACCUUCUGGGACUCCACACGGCUGUGCUUGGACCCCAGCAUGCUCCUCAAUGUGGUGGAGCAGGCCCCGCAUGGCUGUAUCUUCGUGAUCGGGAACAUCGGCAACUGCAAGCUGACUCAGGGUCAGUGGACACAGUUGAUGGUCCUCAUGAAGAGCAAGCAGAUCUUUCCAUUUUUUGACAUUCCCUAUCAAGGUUUAGCGACUGGUGACCUGGACGAAGAUGCUAGAUUCUUACAGUACUUUGUGUCUCGAGGCUUUGAGUUCUUCGGCAGCCAGUCUCUGUCCAAGAAUUUUGGUAUUUAUGACGAAGGAGUGGGGAUCCUCGUGGUGGUGGCACUCAGUAACGAGCUCCUGCUGUGCGUCCUCUCGCAGCUGAUGGACUUCGCGUGGGCCCUGUGGCUAAACCCUCCUACCACGGGUGCUCGCAUUAUCACCUCUGUCCUCUGUAACCCGGCUAUGCAGGGAGAAUGGAAACAGAGUCUGGAAGGGGCUGUAGAGAACAUCAUGAUGACCAAGGAAACAGGUCAUAAGGAGAAGCUCCGGCUCCUGGGAGCCCCAGGCUCCUGGGAUCACAUCACUGAGCAGAAGGGGUCCCAUAGCUAUCUUGGACUCAACCCCCAACAGGUGGAAUACUUGGUCAAGAAAAAGCAUAUCUGUAUCCCCAAGAAUGGGCGGAUCAACUUCACCUGUAUCAAUUCCUACAACAUAGAUUACAUCACCGAGAGCAUCACUGAGGCUGUCCUCUUCACAAAGGACUCAGAGAAAUAGCUUCCAAAAGUAAAUGACUCCUGAUUGGAAUAAAACCUUUGGUCU